UUCGUAGCCUCCGCCUCUGUUGAAAAUUAAAAUGGUAUAACUGUUCAUAUCAUAUUAUAUUGCUUUCCCACGUUCACCUUCAUCUUUAUUUAUGUUUUAAUAAUCAACAAAAGCGCGUCCUUCUUCAAACAACGCUUUGAAUCAAGGAAGAAUCUUUAUAUAUUUCGCUUCCUGUGCAUGCUAGUAUCGCCAUUUUUCUAGGAAUAUUUGUUAUUCGUUAGUUGAUUGAUUCUCAGAAUGGACUUUCGUAAUAGCUUUUCGCCUCGUUCUGGGAGAUUGAAAGAUCUUAAGGAUUCCUUUCGUCAUCUCGUGUCUAGGAGUCAUGAUGCAGCCACGGCUGGUGUAAAAUCUGAGAGUGUAUUGAAGGACUUCUAUAUUCCAGAUUACAUUCUUGUGGCUGGAUCAGAGCCAGAGGUAUACAAUGAGGAAUUUCAUUCGCCUUCGUGCCCUGUCAUUGUGUUUAUCAACUCAAAAAGUGGAGGCCAGCUCGGAGGGGAACUUCUUGUUACGUAUCGCUCCCUUCUUAACCAAAACCAGGUUAUUGAUUUGGGAGAAAAGGCUCCUGAUAAGGUCCUCCAUCAAAUUUAUGCCACUCUGCAAACUCUCAAGAACAAUGGUGAUGAAUUGGCUACUGAAAUUGAGAAGCGACUAAGAAUUAUCGUUGCAGGUGGAGAUGGUACAGCUGGUUGGCUCCUCGGUGUAGUUUGCGAUCUCAAACUGCCUCAACCUCCACCAAUUGCUACAGUGCCUUUGGGAACCGGAAAUAACCUCCCAUUUUCAUUUGGUUGGGGAAAGAAAAACCCAGGCACAGACAGUUUAUCUGUGGAGUCAUUCUUGGAACAAGUAAGGGCUGCCAAGGAAAUGAAAAUUGACAGCUGGCAUAUUAUCAUGAGAAUGAAAUGCCCAAAAGAAGGUUCUUGUGAUCCUGUUGCACCUCUUGAACUACCCCAUUCUUUGCAUGCAUUCCAUCGUGUCUCUGAAUCAGAUUCAUUAAAUAUGGAGGGUUACCACACUUUUCGUGGGGGCUUUUGGAACUAUUUCAGUAUGGGAAUGGAUGCUCAAGUAUCAUAUGCCUUUCACUCUGAGAGGAAGCUACAGCCAGAGAAAUUUAAAAACCAAUUAGUAAACCAGAGUACUUAUUUAAAGCUUGGAUGUACUCAAGGAUGGUUUUGUGCCUCUCUUCUUCAUUCUUUUUCACGGAACAUAGCACAGCUUACAAGGGUUAAAGUCAUGAAAAGCAAAGGCCAAUGGGAGGACCUUAACAUUCCUAGCAGCAUCAGGUCCAUUGUUUGCCUCAACUUGCCCAGUUUUUCUGGUGGACUCAAUCCUUGGGGAAAGCCCAAUGGGAAGAAAUUGCGUGAUCGGGACUUCACCCCUCCCUACGUAGAUGAUGGCCUUAUUGAGGUUGUUGGUUUUAGGAAUGCCUGGCAUGGGCUUGUACUGCUUGCUCCGAGUGGACAUGGGACUCGUCUUGCACAGGCAAGUAGAAUUCGUUUUGAGUUCUGUAAGGGUGCAGCUGUCCACACAUUCAUGAGAAUUGAUGGAGAACCUUGGAAACAACCACUCCCAGCUGAUGAUGAUACAGUUGUUGUGGAAAUUUCUUAUCAUAACCAAGUGACAAUGCUGGCCACCACAUCAUGCCGAUCCAGAAGUAUACAUGAUCCAGCUUCACCUAUCAAUGGUAAUGAUGAUGAAGAGGACAAUACUGAUGAAGAAGAUGAAUCUGCUGAAGAUUGGGAAGAACGAAGGAAGUUUGGAGCGGCUGACACUUUCAAAUUUCCAGAUGAGUUUGAUAUAUCUCAACUUAGUUGAGCUCUAAACAUAUUAUCCUGUAGCGUAUUGCUUUGGCUAUAGUUGGUUAUGUCUACUGUGGCCAGCAGAACUAAUAUUCAUUUCCAAUGUACAGCCCCGUAUCCACCUCAUUAUUAUGGUUUCAGUAAAAAAUUUUGAGCAAUUUUGCUACA